UGAAGCCUUUUCUUGUUAUAAAAAAUGUCCUUCUUAACAAAAUUUGCAAAGACUGCAUUCGGACAGUUCACCAGACAACAACAACCUACUUUAACAGCAUGUAAUCCUUCCAUGCUUACAGCUGUUCGCACCAUGAAGGUGAGAUCAUCAGUUAAGAAAAUGUGUGAUGGAUGUGCAACUGUUAGAAGACGUGGAAAGCUCUACGUUACCUGCUCAAAGAACCCCAAGCAUAAGCAACGUCAAGGUUAAACUCUUUUUUUUUUUACCACAACCGACAUUUUCUUUUCAUGGAUUUGGAUUCCUCUACUCUAUAUACUCCUUUUUCAUUCACUUCCCGGAAAAGAAAAACUUUGCAGUCAUCAACAACAACUCUAUCAUAUACGCACCCUCCCCUUCCUUUUGUAUCCCGAAAAAUUGUAUAGAUAAUAAAACGGAAAACGAUUUUUUUUUAUAGAAAAGAUUAUGUUUUAUUAAAAC